CCUCUGCGAGAGGGCGGGGCCGGAGGUUUCCAUUAGUUGUCCCUGCCACUGGGAAAGGUAAAGCGGCGACGGCGGCCUCAAGAGCUGUGGGGUCCCCGGCUGGAGGUGGGAGACUCGGCGGGGGAAUCAUUUAAUACUUCACAUUACAACAAAAUGUGAAAGUUCCUGCCAACCUGUGAGAAUUUCUUCCUUCAACAUUUUCUAUUUACUGCACAACUUUCUCAGUUCUUUUUUGAUGCCAUGUUUUGUGGCUUGCAUCAAAAGAGGAGUUUGUCUUCAUGAAGAUUCCUAACAUUGGUAAUGUGAUGAAUAAAUUUGAGAUCCUUGGGGUUGUAGGUGAAGGAGCCUAUGGAGUUGUGCUUAAAUGCAGACACAAGGAAACACAUGAAAUUGUGGCAAUCAAGAAAUUCAAGGACAGUGAAGAAAAUGAAGAAGUCAAGGAAACGACUUUACGAGAGCUUAAAAUGCUGCGUACUCUCAAGCAGGAAAACAUCGUGGAGCUGAAGGAAGCCUUUCGUCGGAGGGGGAAAUUGUACUUGGUGUUUGAAUAUGUUGAAAAAAAUAUGCUUGAACUGCUGGAAGAAAUGCCAAAUGGAGUUCCACCUGAAAAAGUUAAAAGUUAUAUCUAUCAGCUAAUCAAAGCUAUUCACUGGUGCCAUAAGAACGAUAUUGUACAUAGAGAUAUCAAGCCAGAAAAUCUCUUAAUCAGCCACAAUGAUGUUUUGAAACUGUGUGAUUUUGGUUUUGCUCGGAAUCUAUCAGAAGGCAAUAAUGCUAAUUAUACAGAAUAUGUGGCCACCAGGUGGUAUCGGUCUCCAGAACUCUUACUUGGAGCUCCUUAUGGAAAGUCCGUAGAUAUGUGGUCAGUGGGCUGUAUUCUUGGGGAGCUCAGUGAUGGACAGCCUUUAUUUCCUGGAGAAAGUGAAAUCGACCAACUUUUUACUAUUCAGAAGGUGCUAGGACCACUUCCAUCUGAGCAGAUGAAGCUCUUCUACAGUAAUCCUCGAUUCCAUGGGCUCCGGUUUCCAGCUGUUAAUCAUCCUCAGACAUUGGAGAGAAGAUACCUUGGAAUUUUAAAUAGCGUCUUACUUGACUUAAUGAAGAAUUUACUGAAGUUGGACCCAGCUGACAGAUACCUGACAGAACAGUGUUUGAAUCACCCUACAUUUCAAACCCAGAGGCUUUUGGAUCGCUCCCCUUCAAGGUCAGCAAAAAGAAAACCUUACCACGUGGAAAGCAGCACUUUGUCUAAUAGAAAUCAAGCCAGUAAAAGUACUGCUUUGCAGUCUCACCACAGAUCCAACAGCAAGGAUAUCCAGAACCUAAGUGUGGGUCUGCCCCGGGCUGACGAAGGCCUUCCCGCCAAUGAAACUUUCCUAAACGGAAAUCUUGCUGGAGCUACUCUUAGUCCCAUGCAUACCAAAACCUAUCAAGGAAGCAGCCAACCUGGGUCUACCAGCAAAGAUCUUACCAACAACAAUAUACCACAUCUACUCAGCCCAAAAGAAGCUAAGUCAAAGACAGAGUUUGAUUUUAAUAUUGACCCGAAGCCUUCGGAAGGCCCAGGCACAAAGUACCUCAAGUCAAGCAGCAGAUCUCAGCAGAACCGGCACUCAUUUAUGGAAAGCUCUCAGAGCAAAGCCGGGACGCUGCAGCCCAGUGAAAAACAGAGCCGGCAUAGCUACAUUGACACUAUUCCCCAGUCCUCUAGGAGUCCCUCCUACAGGACCAAGGCCAAAAGCCACGGGGCUUUGAGUGACUCCAAGUCUGUGAGCAACCUUUCUGAAGCCAGGGCCCAAAUUGCAGAGUCUAGUACCAGUAGGUACUUCCCAUCCAGCUGCUUGGACUUGAACUCUCCCACCAGCCCGACCCCUACCAGGCACAGCGACACGAGAACUUUGCUGAGCCCCUCGGGGAGAAAUAAUCGAAGUGAGGGCACUCUUGACUCCCGCCGAACCACAACCAGGCAUUCUAAAACGAUGGAGGAAUUAAAGCUGCCAGAGCACAUGGACAGCAGCCAUUCCCAUUCUCUGUCCGCACCUCAUGAAUCUUUUUCUUAUGGGCUGGGUUACACUAGCCCCUUUUCCUCCCAGCAGCGUCCACACAGGCAUUCCAUGUACGUGACCCGGGACAAAGUGAGAGCCAAAGGCUUGGACGGAAACUUGAGCGUAGGGCAAGGAAUGGCGGCCAGGGCCAACAGCCUGCAGCUCUUAUCACCUCAGCCUGGAGAACAGCUCCCUCCAGAGAUGACUGUGGCUCGAUCUUCCGUUAAAGAAUCCUCCAGAGAAGGCACCUCUUCAUUCCACGCAAGGCAGAAGUCUGAGGGUGGAGCAUAUCAUGACCCCCACUCUGAUGAUGGCACCGCCCCCAAAGAAAAUAGACACCUGUACAAUGAUCCUGUUCCGAGGAGAGUUGGCAGUUUCUACCGAGUGCCAUCUCCUCGUCCAGACAAUUCUUUCCAUGAAAAUAAUGUAUCAACCAGAGUGUCUUCCCUACCAUCAGAGAGUAGUUCUGGAACUAACCACUCAAAAAGACAACCAGCAUUCGAUCCAUGGAAAAGUCCUGAAAACAUUAGUCAUUCUGAACAACUCAAGGAAAAGGAAAAACAAGGUUUUUUCAGGUCAAUGAAAAAGAAAAAGAAGAAAUCUCAAACAACAGAUUCCACCAACGGGGAGAAUCCAAGCAUCAAGAAAUCCCUCUUUCCUCUUUUUAAUUCAAAGAAUCAUUUAAAGCAUAGUUCUUCUUUGAAAAAGCUUCCUGUAGUCACUCCACCCAUGGUACCCAAUCCUGAUGGCCCUGAUCUUCUGACACUACAGAAAGCCAUUCACUCUGCUAGCACCCCGGGCAGCAGACCAAAGGAGUGGCGUCCUGACAAGAUCUCUGAUUUACAGACCCAAAGCCAGCCGUUAAAAUCACUGCGCAAGCUGUUACAUCUCUCUUCAGCCUCAAAUCACCCGGCUUCCUCAGACCCCCGCUUCCAGCCCUUAACAACUCAACAAGCCAAAAAUUCCUUCUCAGAAAUUCGGAUCCACCCCCUGAGCCAGGCCUCUGGCGGGAGCAGUAACAUCCGGCAGGAGCCCACACCCAAGGGCCGGCCAGCCCUCCAGCUGCCAGGUCAGAUGGACCCUGGUUGGCACGUGUCCUCUGUGAGCCGGAGUGCCACAGAGGGGCCCUCCUACUCUGAACAGCUGGGUGCCAAGAGUGGGCCAAACGGGCACCCUUAUAACAGAACAAAUCGGUCUCGAAUGCCAAAUCUGAAUGAUUUAAAAGAGACAGCCUUGUAGUGUGCGCUGGGGUAGGGGAUGGGGGGUAGGUAAGCCAGUGGAGAGGGGACGGGAGGGUGUGGGUGGGUGGGGAAUGGGCUGGGCUGGGCUGGGCUGGGCUGGGGUGGUCAGCCAGUAUUUUCAGCUUUAUGAAGGUGAGUGCAAUAUUGUAUGUGUGGAGCCCUCUGGCUCCUCACGGCCACAAAUGCUAGUCAGGGAUCUCAGAGGCACAGGAGUUCCUUAGGGACCACCAGUCCCCUCGGAUCUCGUGUGAAAAUGGAUAGAAUGUGCCACUGAGGAAGAAGACAUUCUUGCCAGUUUCUCCCCUGUACAUUCCAGCUUUAGUGCAAUCCCUGUUGAACUUGGGAAAGCCAGGGCAUGUUCUGGUACUGCAAGGGAUAGAAGAAUUCAUGUUGACCGAUGCCCUUACCACAGAUUUUUUUUGCCUAAACUAAACGUGGGGUUUGUUGUAAUCCAAGCAUAUCCCUUUGAAGGGUUAGCAGAUGAACUAACUGUAUGUCUUAAAUUGUUUUCUAAACUCCCAUAUUUGAUAGGAUUUGUAACAUUUAUUUAUAAUUAAUAUUGUACUGUUCUAAUCAUACCUUUUAUGUUAAAUGUAAAGUUAUUUUGAGCUGUUUGGAACAUUGUGAAGCAGUGGGACAGCUACAGUAGUUUCUAUAAAAACUAAACAGUAACAUUUAUAUAUUGCAUCAGGAGUAUUUUAUUCUAUAUAUAAAUAUAUAUAUAUAUGGUAAAUAUCUGUCUGUUUUCUAAAUAUAAUCAUUUAAAGAAAGUAUCGUUAUGACACUAUCUGCCAUAUUUUUAUACAUUUGUGAUAUGAAGUGAGUAUUAUACUUCUAAUCAAGGGAGUUGAAUUGUGGCUCUGUGUGACCAACAGUGGGAACCGUGCUCAACUUUUAGGCCCCAGCAGUAGCCUCUAGACGUGGUCCUUGGUAGCAGAUGAGAUGCAGCAUCUCCUUCCGAACCCACAGGCAAGAAAGCCAGCUAGGCCAGUGAGAGCUCAGCACGCCUCGUCUCCAUCCUCACGGUUGGCUCCUGUUCGCAUCCAGGGACGAUCCCUGUACCUGAGGGGAGAACAGAUCCAGGGUGACUCAUGGGUCUUCGUAGAGAGAAUAUGCUCUUCUCCUUCGCGUUAGUGUAGAGUGUAGACCAAAGAUUUGCCAGCGAACAUUCCUAGUUGCAAGUUCGUAAGAGGCACCUGUCUGCAGGUCUUGCAGACCAGCUCUAUGCUCCUGAAUCCUGUGCACUGUACCGGAGACUUUUGGCUGGUGGGGUGUGAGAUACAUGUGCGGCAUUUCUAUUUCUAAGUGUUUUGUUGUUGUUGUUGUUGUUGCUGUUGCUGUUGCUCUUUCCAGUAUAUUUCAAAGGCUCCGGAAGCAAUUCCAGAUAUAGAGAAAAUUGCUGUAUUCACUCUUUCUUCCUGGGACUGUCCAUUUAUAACAAGGUUAGCAUGUACAUCAGUAUAUACACACACACGGUCAGAACAGGACUUCUUUGCCUCAUUUGAUCUCCUUCAACUCCCAAGUUACUCCCAAGCGUCAUCAAGGCCUUUCGCCAGCAAGGGUUAUAGCCCAGUGUCUCUGGGCCAUCCUUGACAGAAAUCACCUCAACGCCAUCCAUCAAGAGAAUUAGAUUUUUGGAAGUAGUCUCUUAGCAAUAAUAUUUCUAAAGCUCCCCCAUCCCACACCCCUCAAAGGGAUAACUUCUCAAUAUUUAUUACUUGUCCCAGGAUUCUGAGAGCAUAAGCCCCCGAAUCAAGUCAGGAUAAUUGAAAUGUGCUGAGUUACUGUUCCCCCUCCCCCGAGAUUUUGAGAAUCAGCUCUGAUGAUUAUGAAGAUUAUAAUGAAAAGGUCUUGGUUUCUUUGAAGCUUAAAUUGUGUGCAUAUUACAUUUUUAUAUAACUACUAUAAUGAUGUGUAUUGAUUAUAUAUAGAGGUCAUUUUAAGGUGCUUUUUAUUUGGUUUUAAUAAGUAUAAUAGGCACUAAAAUGAAACUCAACUGGGUACUAUCAUUAAAACAAGUUGAUUCCAACCAAUAGUCUGCAUGCUCUUCAGUUCUUUUUAUAUCUUGUUUCUUUCACCAGUUCUGUAACUGUUGAAGUAGCUCUGAAUUCUGGCUUUUCCCAGGCAGCUGCUCAGUUAUAUAAGUGACGCGAACCUUAGCAGUUUUCGCCUGGACACUAAUGACUCUGAAAGGGUGUGUAACUCUUCUUUUUCAUACUAAAUUUGUACCUUGUAUCCCCCCUUGCAGACCAGAAACUACAUUUUUUCCUCCGGAAAGACUUCUCACUGUGCUGUGCGCUUAGGAACUGCGCAGUCACAUUGCCAUGCUGUGGCAUUUGAGGCUCGUUGUCACCUAGGGGCUGGUUUCCCAUGUUUUCAUCCUUGCUAACACUGGGAUCUCAGAUGUUUGCAGAACAUUUAUAUUCAUGGUGGUUCUUCAAAGAAGGGCUAGAAUAAUUGCCUUCUACCUAGAGCAAAGUAAACCUAACUGAUGAAGAGUCAAUACAUACUUUUCAUACAUUCCCAGAUUUGAGCCAGAAAAUAUCUACAGUGUUUUCAACUAGUAUUUUUGAGGUAGCUCUUUUAUCCUCUUCUCAGCUUUUGUCCAUUCUGACUUUUCAUCGACCUCAGUAAGCUGUAAUAAGUGAACUACAAUCCACACUUGUGGCAUGUAUAAUUCUCUUCCUGCUCGCUGUGGGGGAUGGUCAAGUUUUCUCUCAAAUCUAAUGGGCCCUCUCUUAGCUUUUAACUGUUGUUUUCCUCCGGUUGAUGAAUCAUUGACCUCACAAAAAUUGCCAUCCACAAUGAGAAGGACUUGAUUUAAAGUCACGAAAGUCUACAUUUUCUUUAGGAAGGGAAAGUUAUGAUGUCCACGUUCUAUUCUCUGCCCUUACUUCCUAAAGGAUAGACUAUGGCUGAAUGAAGGCUUAUGAAUCACUUUGUGUUAGAGAAGUGUUGCUGAUCACCUUUUGAAAAGAAACUCUGCUUCGCUCUUUUUCUACUUUUGCUCUGUCGCCAUCCUCGUUUUUCUUCUCUGAAGUCCUGGAUGAACUUUACUGAACCUUGCUUGGUCUCAGUCUGAGGGCUAGCCUCUUCAGAGCCCAAGAUCAAACGUGCUCCGUGCUAAGGAGCUCCAGUGAGUCGUCUCUGUAGCAGUGGUUCUCAGUCAGGGCCAAUUCUGCCUCCCUGGGACGUUUGGCAAUGUCAGGAGACAUGGUUGGUUGUUAUAACUGGGAGCGGUAGGGUGCCCCUGGCAUCUAGUGGGUGGAGGCCAGGGAUGCUGCUGAACAUCCUGUGUACACAGGACCCCCCACAAACAAAGCAUGAUGAGCCCCAAAUGUCAGUAGUGGGGAGGUUGAGAAACCCUGCUCUACUGUACUCCAGGCCCACUCGUCUGCAGAGCUUGGCUCUGUCCUGGCUCUCUCCAGGCUACGGGAGAAACUGCGGGUAUGAAUUCUUCAGUAUCCUAGUCUCUGAAAUAAUCUUCUACCACUCUUUUUGAAUCCCUGGAAUCCUGUUUGUUUUCAUUGUCUUGGGCCUGCUAAACGGUGCAUUCUUUGGGAGGAGACCAGAGUGGCUUUAUAGGUGUUUGAGAACUUAAAUUCUAGGUCACCAUCUUUAGAAAAUCUUUCACAGAGCCAUGAGGCUUAUAUUUAGAAGCAAGCAGCAGCCUGGCAGAUUGGCAUGAUUUUUACCAACUGCUCAAAGGCAUCCAUGGCUUUUAGCUGUGUCUCCCAAAAGAAAAUGUCAUUGUUUUUUAUUCAAGUCAUUUAAUAGCUCUUUACAAAUAUUGGCGUAUGACAGACCGAUUAGAAGCAAAAAACUCUUUACUGGUGGUUGUGAUGUGGCUGUUACAGGAGUGUUUGUGCUGUACGCUUUGGUUAAAUCUGUUUUAAAACCUGCUUUAAGAUUUGCCAUAUGCAGUUGUGCUUUAAUUCUAAGCUCAGAGCUGUGCUGGUUAGUUUCUAGUCGUGUCAUGUAUUAUAAAGUAUGUUGUGGUUGUAGAGUUAGCCAGUUUAGCAUGUUCCUAAUCUGAAAAUUAGUGGACUUCGCUAGGAAAUGCUAUCCCAUUUUCCCUUCCCAGCACCCCUUAUCUUAGUUAACGUCAUAGUAUCCUCACUUCUUAAACUAGUUUUUAGAGUAAAUAAGGAAAAAAAGCCAUUUAUUUUUCUUCUAGCUAUGUAUUGAGAAUGACUCAAUAAGUGUACAACUUUUUUUAACGGCCAGAGGGUUACUUUUCAAGUGUGUAGAAGGCUCUGUCCAUUUCUGUUCACCAAGGUCCUGGUGGUGACCCAACUUUCAGCAAGGGCAAUCAAUCGCUCAUUGCGACUUAUUCCCAGAGUUCAGCUGGGACUCAGAAAUCUGCAUAUUCUCUCCUGGUCACAACAUUUUUUCUGGAGAGCACUGCUUUUAUAUCUAGAAGUUCGUUAACUCCUACAUUAUAGUGGGAUAUUGAGCUCCAUGUGAGCACUGAGAUCCACAGACUCACACUGUUGUGAGCUGGGGAUGUGGUAUGUGAUACACUGAACCGAGUCAGAGCAUAUUGAAAUAUUUCCUUGCCUCCUUCAGUUCAUCACUAUUAAAGUGUGUAGGCAGAGAAAACUGAUUUACACUUAAAAAAUAAAUAAAUAAAUAAAUAAAUAAAUAAAUAAAUAAAUAAAUGGUUUCUUUAAAAGGGCCUGCAGAAAAGUGUCCUGUUGCUAAUCUCCAGGGCCAGAAUCUCACAAGAACGUUCUCUCAGAGAUUUUAAGAACCAUCUUACAAAACAAAAACUUGUAAGUGGUUCUGAUUUCUUCAUUUUGUAUCUUAACCAGCUGAGAUAUAUAGAAUAUCUUGAGGUGUGACCCAUCAGCUGGGUAAAAAAUUCCGUCUUCGAAACCAUAAGUAAAUGCAAGAAAAUGAGGCCGUGACAGGGCGAGUCCCUUGUCUGUCUGUCUGUAUACACACAAUGUGGUAGAAGUAAGGUGGCGAGGAAACUCUGGGCCUGCCGCCCUAUCCUAUUCUAUCCUAUUCUAUUCUAUUCUAUUCUAUUCUAUUCUAUUCUAUUCUAUCCUAUUCUAUUCUAUACUAUUCUAUUCUUUUUUAACUGAAUGUACUAUAAAAGAUCAUAGACUUGUGCCAAGUCAGUUACUACGUAAAUAUUCAUUUCUCUUAGUGCUUUGUUGAUUCAUCAGCGUUAGGCCUGGUCCUGACUCCACCUUUCUCUACUCCAGGCACUGGCCCACCUUUCUGUGUAUUUCCUAUAGGAUAUUAAAGAUGAUCAUGACCUACAUUGUAUCUUCAUUCAAUAACUGUUCACUCCCAGAUUUGAGGGAGUUUGUCUUUUGUUUUGCCAGAAAAAAUUUGUAGUAGUCUGCACGUUGGAUUUCCAGGGCCAGAGAACUGCGGCAGUGAAACUGGUUUCACUUCUAAGGCCCUCCAUUACCCAUAAGGUUACGCUCUCUGAACCCCAUUUGAUCCUCGGGUCGUAUUUUGACCCUCCUUUGGAAUCUUAAAAAAAAAAAAAAAUCAGUUUCCAUGUUGUAUGCAGAUUAGAAGUUGCCUUGUUUGCUACUCUUCCAGCACAGAGUAUCAGGGAGAAAGAGGCCUUAUCUGUUCCUCCAGCCCUUCCGUUUUGACAGACUGCUAAGAAUUCCUCAGGACUUCCUUUGGUUUGGGAUGUUACUUUCCCAAAAGCCUGAUCUGAUUCGUUUCAGGCAUAGACAAGUUUGUCCUAGUGCCCUGCUUCAGGGCUAAUCGGACGAAACCCAGGAAUAGAAAAGGUAGAUGCCUUGACUUUUGUCCCUGUUGGGGGAUUAAAGUGUUUAUCGCCAGAGUCGUCAAAAGCUCUAGUUAUAAAGCAUUCAGAGUUUCAAGAAAAAAAAAAUGAAGCUUUUUCUCUUGGAGAACUUUCAAGUUCUCCACCGUGGCUUAGAUUUUCCAAAAUGGAAAGCAAAGCUCGUAUGAACUCCAUUUUCACUAGAGGUACACAAGUGAGUAUAGUCCUCUCAGUCUCUUUCCCUCUCCUUGUUUCCUCCUUGGUCACUGAUUGAGUCAGGCUGGAGGGGUAAGCUAUGAUCGCAAGAAGUGGAUUCUCACUGUAAACUUGGAUUGAUUAACAGAAACAAUAAAACCAAACAAAAUAGUUGCCCCUAAUUCCUAUCUCCAAGAAUUGCUUUGUGCCAUUUCGAAUUCAGGUAGUUAUUCUGUAUAUACUUAGAAGACUGUUCUGAGCUUCUUCAAUCUCUAGGAAGUUCAAAGGGGGUAUCUGGGAAGACACAGGGCAGGGUGACUUCGAGAACCCUACUCAUGCAUGAAAUAAAAAAUAGGGAUAAGCCAGAAUGAUGUAACAUCCAAAUUUGUGGUAGAUGAAGAAUCAGUGGAAAUUCUUAAUUGCACAGACUUUAUAAUCCAUAAUACAGAGUGUAAUUCCAUACUUUUUACUGUGGCAAGGGUGUGACGUGGUGUUAACCUUUUUAAUUUUUGAAUCCAAACUGAACUUAAAGUGUUGACUAUUUAAAUUCCUCACAAGCUAAUUAUGAACCAUUUGUAAAGUGUUUAUAUAACUCUUUGUAUCAUGUGUUGGUACAUCUUAUCAAGUUUUUUCUGGCAUGUAUUCCAUUCUAAACUUCUGUAAAAUUUCUAUUGUUGCUGUAAAUAUUAUACAAAUAUCUAUUCCGUGGUAACCUUAAUUAUCAGCAUGAAAUGGUCAAUUUUUACUGAGCACAAUGUAUUUUUGAAUGGAUCUUCCCAAAUGUCUUUAAUAAAAUGCAGAUUUUGCACUGA